GGAGGGGAUAGUGUCACGAACACGUGACUAGUGAGCAGGAUAUCAAUUAUAGGUCCAGAAAACCAAGCACAAAUGCUUGGAAUUCAAGUCUUUUUGGAGUACACCCCUACUCCUACGGCCGUGGACCUAUCCGUGACAUUAUUAGUACAAGGAGAGCUGUCGUCGGGCAGACGAAAGUGUUAAAUAGCGAGGCCCGGAAGCAACAAGACCGCAUCGGGCAGAGACUGAGAACGACUCAUUAACGUUGAGAAUACCGAGGAUCGUCCGGGCAAAGGGUGUCGAUAGGGACAGAGACGCGGCAAACAAACGGACGGAGCUGUGAGAAUAGGUCGGACUUGGACCUGGGCACCCUAGACACGGAUGAGACUUGAAAUGGUCGGCGGUAGCCUACGCGGGCUCAAGCUCAGUAGAAAGAGUUGACGCCUUCCUAGAGGGAGACCGGGGUCGACGGUUGUUUCGGCUGCUGGAUCUGCUGCUUGCUCUGCUCCCUCCCCUGGAACGUCCUCCCGCCCACCUGCAAGGGUCUCUGUGUUCGAAGUCACUUGUGGGAGGCGUCAUCUGGUUCAGUCCUUUCCGCAACGAGCCGACAAGCCUCUCCUCCAAUUGCGCCAUGUCUGAUGUAACCCACUCGAGGGUCAUUCGCCUCGUAAAUUCCACAGCGUUCAUGGCAUUCCGGUAGGCUUCUUUGUAUGCUCUUCCGGAGGGAUCCAGCGCGCUGGCGCAGCUAAGGCACACAGAGUGGAAGUCCGGAGUUCCUGAAGCACUUUGGCACAGAUAAUGACCACAAAGAGAUAUUGACUCUGUUGUCAGCUCCAUCGUCAUCACUCGAAUGACUCCAAACAUCUCAUGCUCUUUGCCGAUAGCUUUCUUCAACUGCAGCAUGUUAUUCAGCAUGAUGGCUGCGUUGCUGGAGUUUUGGAGUCGUGCAAUAUCAAGGUGGCCCUGGCGUCCUUUGGCUUCCACGGUGAAGUACGGCCACGCCAGGUUUCUGGCUGGGGACAUCGAGGGCUUGAUGAGUAGCGCAGCGUGUGGAAAUGGGAAAGUAUCUGGAGUAAAGCCGAAUGCUUGAGCAGGUCGAGGAGGACUGAUGGCUGGUCGAAGUUCCGGUUUCAAUAAUAAGCGGUCGAGAAUAGGCAGAAGUUUCGGUAGUAAAGCCUGCAUGACACCACCUUCAUUUACACUCUUGCGGACCCUCCUCGGGAAGUUCUCUGCGCUGUCAUCGCUAGGUCCGGGACUCUUUCUGGUGCUGCCUAGAGCGCCUCUCACUUCGGUGAUGUUUGUGGGCUCUGGUGCGUUGCGGGAAAGGGCGUAAAUGCCUCGGUCUUUCAGCAGGGUCUCAAAAUCUGGGUCGGUCGGCUUGACCACAGCAGAGCGGUCCGACUGAGAACUGAUGUAAGACUGCGACAUCUCAGAUUCUGUGGAGUCGUCCGAAAGUAGACUUGCGCUGUUCACACGGAGGCUUUUCUCUUCGAUGCUUGGUCGAUCUGCGUUGCACUCGACGGACAGGUCGACCGGGACGCUGGAGAAAGGUUGGCUCGUCGGGGCACUUUGAGUGUCAAUCCAAUCUAUGAUUCUGGCGACCGAAAGAUCUGUCUCCGGUCGUUGAGGCGGCAAUAUGCUCCAGGGCUUGCACUGACGCUUGGUCGCUCGAGAGGUUUGCUGGAUAUUACUCUUCGGACUCUUCAGAGAUGGAGCAGUACGGGAAGUGCGCUUCGGUGAAGAGCUAUGGCCGUUCUCGUCGUAGGCGGGUAAUGCCGUAUCUCUAAGAUCGAAGGACGGCUUUCUCUUCUUUGGCAUAGAAUGGACAGUCGGUGGCAUUCUGGCGGGAGUCUCAGCACGCCAGAUCCAUGAGACGGGAUGUUUACAAUUGUUGAGGUUCGGCGAUAGCUGAAACAAGGGCAACUUGGAGGCAAAAGUGCAACCGAGCAGCGACAGCCAACUUAUUAAAGUCUACUGGGUUGUGCCAUUCCAAACUCCUCCACAGCACGAGGCGUUGUCGGCGCCAAGAAGUGCUACAAGGUUGUGAAACUUGAAAGACCUACAGUACUACUGUACAACUUAUCAACUUCUUCCUUCGAGUUGUCCACAGCCUGAGCAUCGCUUUUCCCCACCGCGAUGCAAUGAGCUGAACUCAAGCUCAUUCCAUUCUAUGAUCAUGGACACGGUCAAUAUACCAAUCAAGGGCUACGUUGAUUCAGGCACCUUAUCGUCUCUCUUGGCACGUUACAGCACCAUGCUUGUUUUCUAUGGUAACUGCCGGCCAUCGGCUUCUGCGCUGGUGGUGUCAAAGCCGGUUCAAUCGCCGCGGGAGUGCAAGCCCCUCUGUACGGGGCUUUCUGUAACACUACGCGUUUCUAGGCCUCUGGGGUUCUUCGAAUAUCCUAUCUGGGAGGGAAUCCCGAUAGCUCCGGAAUGCAAACUUGGACCUUAUAAACGUUGAUGCAAAUGCAAGACCGAAUUUUCCUCCUGUGCCAGCUCAGGGCGGACACUCCAGAAAGUCAAGUGGGGACACUGGAGCAACUUGCAACAUCGAGGAUGAUUUAGCGAUCCACUCAUACAGAAUACAGUCUCAAGGACAAACUAGAAGCCCGAUGAUGAAUCGGAUCCGGAAGUCCUUGCUGGUAGUAGCGCGGUGGCAGGGCAGGGCAUCUGGAUAUUCAGUUGGCUUGACAUCAUCCCAUCCUUUCCUUCUACUCUUGCUUAAUACUCGGGACCUCUUCGAUUUCCAAGUUCUGUUUGCGAUGGACCUGCUCGUCGGCCAGAAUGUCAUCGCAAAACUUGAUUUUGGCGAAUUGGCGGGUGGGCGUCUUGUUUUCGUACAGGGAGUCGAGUUGUUCGAGAGAAAAGCCCUUCAUCUCGGGGAGGAAGAAGAAUACCCAGGCCACAGUGACGAAAGAGAAUGCCGACCAAAUAAAUCCCUAGAAUUUUCACUGUGUGUGUUAGCCUGAUUUGGGCAGGGAAGGGGCCCAGGAUUUGACAAAGCCAGGUGGACGCAGGGGAUCAUAUAUGCUAGAUAUGUUAUGCUUACAAUCUUGCCUUGCAGAUUCCCAUAGCCCUUGUCUGGAUGUAGGGCGAGACGGAAGAGAUGAGUAGCGAAACGCCGAACCCCAGGAAGACGGCGGUGGCGAGAACCCGCUCACGGUUGCGAGUUGGGGCAGUUUCGGCGGUAGUGAUCCAGAUCAGCGGCGACAUUAUUCCGAAUCUGAUGUUCCAGAGCGAUGGCGGCCUUGGAGGUGGCGCUGCUCGGGGGUUUGAUGGUCGUGUUGAUGAUGGAGAUGAUCAACAGGGUGAUAGCACAGUACAGGGCCGUGGACAUCAGAAGCGGGCGGCGGCCGAACCGGUCCGGCAAGUAGUGACCGCUGAGGAUGGAGACCCAGUAGAUGACAUUGAUGGCCAUCAGGAUGAAAUGGCUGUUGAAUAGGAGGGCCUGGGUAUUCAAUGCGGGUGGGGUGCGGAAAUGACGCUGCGUAGAAUUUGGGCAUAGGACUGGCCACACCGUCUGCCCAAACCUUUUCCUGCUUUAGCCACGAUAUUCAGGUACCAUACCGCCGUAACUGUGCCAGCCCAAGAACAUCACAUCGCGUGGUUCCAGUGCA